GGCCUGCCACUGCAGCACUUGUUCACCCAUCAUGAGGAGCCAAGAACCCGAAAUCUGGUGUCAGAGUAUGAUGAUAAAUACAACAGACACGGUUACAACCCUCUGCUGCCUCCCCUGCGCCACUGGAAUGGACACAGGCUGGCCUGGGUUCCUCAGAAAAAUGAUUUUCCCAUACUUGAACCACCCACCAACUAUGGCCUUCUUGAGUACCUGAUGAAAAAAUGGCAUGGAGAAGAAGAUGAAGUGAUGAAGAGUGUCUACACCAUUUCCUAUGGAAACCCACUGGCCUCUGCUCUUGCUCCUUGUCAGCAGAGACAACCAGCUAAAGCCUACGACCUCCUUUACUGCCAGGGACACCUUCCCCAAAACGUUAGUCCAAUCCUGGACUACGAAGGGGCUCGGAGUCAUCUGGAAGCCAUCCGCCAACUGGUGAGGGACAGACAAGCAGGGCGGCCCUCUCUCUAA